ACAAGAGUCACGCGCAAAAUAGUGGAGGGCUGCUACCUGGGGAGCUGCGUGGAUGUCAGCAGCAAAUAAUAGGGGGAGACCAGCCAUCUUGUGGCCUUUAAGAAGCAACCUCUGUUCCCAUGAAACUCAGCUGGCGCGUAUCAAGAAUGAAUUGCGAGGAGAUUGAGCCAUCUGGCAUCCAGUAAGAUCGGCUAAGAUUUGCUGUAUACCUGUUACCUCUAUGAACCAUGCGCAAGAGCCUGGCACCCAGCCAGUUCUCGGCACUGAAGCGACACGCCGAGGAUGACCGCAGCGCCGCCUCCAGCAAGAGGCAGCUGCCGCCGCAGCCGGCCGAUGACGUGGUCCGCUCGCCCCUGCGGCCCAUCAACAUGGGCCUGGGUAGCCCGCGGGCGGGACCGAUGUCAGACUAUGAGGCGCAGCUGCGCCGUAUCCUCUCGCGGCCGUUCAAGAUCCCGAUCCCGAGCUACCAGGGCGUGCGGCUGGCGGACCGGCGCCUGGGCGUGCGGCGGGCGGGCGCGCGUCAGCCGCUGCACGAUCCGGACGAGCCCGGCGCGCUCGUGCUCUUCACGCCGCCGCCGCUCAGCCAGCACGACCGGCUGGCGGCCCAGCCGGACAAGCAGCCCGUGCACGUGGUGGUCGACCCGAAGCUGAGCGCGGUGCUCCGGCCCCAUCAGCGCGAGGGUGUGAAGUUCAUGUACGACUGCGUGACGGGCCGCCGGAUCGAGGGCAGCUUCGGCUGCAUCAUGGGCGACGAGAUGGGCCUGGGCAAGACGCUGCAGUGCAUUACCCUGAUGUGGACGCUGCUGCGCCAGAGCCCCGACUGCCGGCCCGAGAUCGACCGUUGUAUCGUGGUGACGCCCAGCAGUCUGGUCAAGAACUGGUACAACGAGAUCGGCAAGUGGCUGUCGGGUCGCGUCUCGCCUCUGGCCAUGGACGGCGGCGGCCGGGCCGAGGUGGUGCGCCAACUGGAGGGGUUCAUGACGGCGCGCGGCCGCCGCCCUGCCAACCCCAUCCUCAUCAUCUCGUACGAGACGUUCCGUAUUCACGCGCCGCUGCUGCACCGCGGCGAGAUCGGGCUCGUGCUCUGCGACGAGGGUCACCGCCUGAAGAACCACGAGAACCAGACAUACUCCGCUCUUAUGAGCCUGAACUGUCGGCGGCGCGUGCUGCUGUCCGGCACACCCAUCCAGAACGACCUGCUCGAGUACUUCAGCCUCGUGCACUUCGUCAACGAGGGCAUCCUGGGCACGGCGUCCGAGUUCAAGCGCAAAUUUGAGACGCCCAUCCUGCGGGGACGCGACGCCGACGCCACCGACGACGAGCACAAGCGGGGCAACGAGCGGCUGCAGGAGCUGCUGGCCCUCGUCAACAGGUGCAUCAUCCGGCGCACGGCGGCCAUCCUCUCCAAGUACCUGCCGGUCAAGGUGGAGCUGGUGGUCUCCUGUCGGCUGACUGCCUGUCAGCUGGCCAUGUACGACGCCUUCAUCCAGUCGGACGCGGUGCGGCGCAGCCUGCAGGCCGACCGCGCCAAGGGUGCCAAGUCAACCCAGUCGGCGCUCUCGGCCAUCACCAGCCUGAAGAAGCUCUGCAACCACCCGGACCUGAUCCAUGAGAAGCUCUCGGACCCGGCCGGCGGCCUCCGAGACCUGCUGCAGUUCUUCCCGGCCGGACACACCACCAAACGCGUGCGCCCCGACCUGUCGGGCAAGGUGUCCGUGCUGGACUACCUGCUGGCCCUGGUGAAGACGCAGACGACGGACAAGGUGGUGCUCGUCUCCAACUACACCCAGACUCUGGACCUGUUCGAGAGCCUGUGCCAGAUGCGCGGCUACUGCUCCGUCAGGCUCGACGGCAGCAUGACCAUCAAGAAGCGGGCCAAGAUCGUGGACCGGUUCAACGACCCGAGCUCGCCUGAGUUCAUCUUCAUGCUGAGCAGCAAGGCGGGCGGAUGUGGCCUGAACCUGAUCGGCGCCAACCGGCUGGUCAUGUUCGACCCGGACUGGAACCCGGCCAACGACGACCAGGCGAUGGCGCGGGUGUGGCGCGACGGCCAGAAGAAGCCCUGCUUCAUCUACCGCCUGCUCGCCGCGGGCACCAUCGAGGAGAAGAUGUUCCAGCGGCAGACGCACAAGAAGGCGCUCAGCUCGUGCGUGGUGGACAACGAGGAGGACGUGCAGCGGCUGUUCAGCGUCGCCGAGCUCAAGGAGCUCUUCAAGCGAGAGGACACAAUCUGCGACACGCACGACAGGCUGAAGUGCGCGCGCUGCGUGAACGGCGUGCAGUUCCGCGGGCCUCCCGAGGACGCCACGUGCAACUCGGACCUGUCGCAGUGGCACCACGCGGCCGCGGCCGGCCGCCGCCACGUGCCCGACCCGCUGCUGCGCGCCGCUUGGGACGCCGGUGUGCACUUCGUGUUCCACCAGCGCAGCCACGAGCAGCUGGUCACGCCCUGACCGGGCCGGCACGGGACGGGGUCGGCCAGCGGGACCGGAGCUGGGGCCGUGUCCGGUGCUGGGCUCGUGACCUGGAGGGUGACCACGUCAGAUGGCGCCGAUGGGGCUGCGACCGGUGCGACGGCGGUGACACGGUGCCUCGGCGAUUGGGCCGGCGUGGGCCUCACAGCUCGCCAAGAAUUUCUUUUGGUGACUUUGUUAUGUAAAGACAUGUGGUCCGGGGCGACCACAGUACCCCUCAGCCUGUACCGCGGCAGUUGUGGUCAUGACCCCGGACUGUGUUGGUCGGCUCAGAGAUCCUGUUCCCGUGAUCAUGUUGACGGAGACUGCGCUAGUGGUGAUGCUGCCACCUAUGGGUCGGUGCGACUCAGGGCGGCUUGGUAUUGCCAGGAGGGUAUUAUGGUGGGCGUGCCUUGCGGCGCACGGUGCCCCACGCAGUUGAGUAUUCCAACGUCUCAUCGCCGACGCGACAAGCAGCAUUAAUGGACGGGCAUGAUGUCGAGAUAAACGGCAUGAGCUCUCUGCUGUGCACAGGUGUUGUGCCGUUUGCGUCCUUGUUUCAGCAGUUAUUGCGCUUAUGCGCUUUGCACUUUCCGAUGUGGAUGAGCAUUUUGUGAGCGAUCUCUGUACCUUCAGAAGGGUUGGAUCUUCCCGCAUGGUCUGGAUACACCGUGAUAAUAAAUAAAU